AUGGUGAGACAGCAGAAUGACGAUACCAGCGGCGAUCUGGGGAACCCAAACUUCGACAUCGGUAAGCACCGCCGCGCGUGGGGCCAGAUAACGGAGGGCUUGUCCGAGCUGGAUGCCCUUGCGGACCUAAGAGAGCAGGAUCGACGCUCGAAAGAGUUGGGGCUGGUGGCGCCGGACGCGUCCGGACUCCCAUUACCGCUGUACACUGCCAUGCGCAUUGUUCCCACGGAGCACGUUCCUGUCGAGCGACUGCACUUCGACGCGCUGGGGCAAAGUCAACUGUGCCAGGUUUUCUUCUUGGAGAUGCUUUCCACUGCAGCUCGCCAGCUUGUUUCAGCUAUCAUGGCUCAGAAGCCACCUUUGCUCUACCCACCCGGCACGGAGAAGCUGAAGGAUAUAGUGACGAACUACACUUCUCUCACUGGAAGCGACAAGUGGACACUUCAAUCGAUCAUGCUUCUAGUGUUCCGGAUGGUUCUUCAGAAUGUUCCGGCUAUGACGCGGGAGAUCAACGACCUCAAAGCGGAGUGGGGAACAUACGAGGAUGUGUUGGAAGCGCUGCGGGAGCUUUUGAAACGGGCGUCUCUCCUAUCAAUCGCCCUCCGCGCGCCAUCGUUCACCGAACCGGAGCUGCUGCAACUCGACAAACUCGCGCGUGACGCGGUCGGGGCCUUCUUCAAAAUUAUGGGGAGGACAGGAUCGCGGCCCACGAUACACUCCAUCUUGCAUACUGUGGAGGCUAUUCGUCUGCACGGUGAGAAGGUUUCCAAGGUCCAUGCGUGGUGGAUGGUCGGAUAG